GGAUCUUUAACAGAAAUAGAUAUAGUCUGUAAGUCUGUCUCGGUAGGAUCACCAGAGAUAUAGAUUUUGUCUGUCUUCGUCUGAUGUGUUUUGUACUUUAAGACUAGCCGCCCUGUGGAUUAAGAACACAUUCCACCAGAGGAUGAGUCUAGACAUGCGGAACGUAUGGCUGCUUGCAGCCAUAAUGGCUGCAGUCUACGCCCAAAAUUUUGAAAAGGUGACACCAAUCACAGAGGGGAUGGUGUCCACAACACCGGAACCACCGAAGAACGCCACCUACUGGAUCACCCUGCCCAGCAGGAUUAGACCCGGCCAGCCUAUUAAAAUGACCUGCAGUGUCCUGAUUGGCACUGACCCGGUCACGGUGACCCUCAGCUUAACGAAUUACGACGGGACCAAAACACUGCUGUUGAGUACCCCAACGGCCGUGUACCCCGGGGUUGUAAAGGAGAUUUCAGUAGAUGUCCCUUACAACCUGCCAAAACCCAGCGAGGAAAACGAAUGGUUAAAUCAGUACAAAGUGAUAGUGACAGGGGAAGGUAAUGCCGUCAACUUCAAGAGCGAGAAUUAUCUCAACUUGGAACAGAAAGCUUUUUCAAUUUUCAUACAGACAGACAAAGCAAUGUACAAGCCGGGGCAAACAGUCAGUUUUAGAAUCCUCGCCGUGACGCCAGAUUUAAAAGUUAUCAGGAACGAGACUAAGGACGUCAUCAUCAAGGAUGCCAAAGGGAACAGGAUCAGGCAAUGGUUAAAUUUGGUUGACUCCUCGGCUGGCGGCGUUGAUCAGUUGUCGCUAAAACUAGCAGACAUCACCCCGACGGGAGACUGGGAGAUAAGCGUCACCAUGAAGGGUAUUGAGGAGAAGAAAACAUUUACGGUAGAUAAUUAUGUUCUACCGACAUACGAAGUUCAAAUCCAAACCAAAUCUUUUGGUGUGACCUAUGACCCAACCCUGCCCAUCACUAUCAAGGCCACCUACACGUUUGGCCAGCCAGUCACACAGGCAGCUGUGUUGGUUACCAUAGCAGCCAGCUAUGUUUACGAACCUCUCACGCCGGCCAUCAACCUGACAGGCAAGCUGAAUGCAAAAGGUGAAGCUACAUUUGAACUGAGCACUAAACAGCUGCUGGACUUGACCAAAUCGUCCCAUUACUCCCCCGCAUCCCUUGACUGGCAGACAUUCAAGAUAGUGGCUAAUGUCACAGAGGAUAGCACUGGGCGGGUUCAGUCUGCCACAGCAAGCGUACAGUACUACAACAGCCCAGUCAGUGCGCAGUUCCUUGAAAUAUCACCUAGCAGUUUUAAACCUGGACUUUUGUACACUGGAUAUCUGGAGGUCAAGAAGCGAGAUGGGGCCCUGCUGUCCACUGAGGAGGCCAAACAGGUGAAAGUGUUUUUUAAUGUAACCUACGAGGUCAAGCUGACCAAGGAAGAACUGGAUGAGAAAUACAACAGGUCGACCAGCACAGAAUCACCUGACAAUACCACCUCAGAUGCUGCUGCCAAAUUUGUCGGCCGCCCAUACAUACCAUAUUACUCUGAGACCAAAACAAAAAUAUUGACACUCAGCGACCCGCUUAGGGCCCUCCCAGAAACUGGAUGGAUAACCUUGACCUUCAAUGUCCCUGAAGAGGCUGCCAGUGUGAACAUCGAAGCUCAGCUCCAGCAACCGUUCACUGAUCAAAGCUACAGGUAUUUGAGCAAGGCUGGGUCACCUUCCAACUCGUAUCUCCAGCUCCAAGUUGCCACGGGGAAGCCCAAGGUUGGAGAUCAAAUUACUGUAACUGCAGAGGCAACUGAGUUGAUAAAAAAUUUAAAUUACCAGGUUUACUCCAAAGGAAAGCUGGUGACCUCUGGGGUUGCUGACUCUGCCAGUCCAGAUGGGUCAAAGGUUAUAACCUUUCAGUUCACUGUGACCCAAGAGAUGGCACCAAAGUUGAACCUAAUUGUGUUUUACCUCAGGAAGGACAACUCUGAGUUUGUGGCGGAUGAGAUUUCUCUCAGUGUCGAUGGAUUGUUCCAGAAGAAGGUGAACAUAAGAUUUAGCAAAGAAAAAGUGGAGCCAGGUGAAGAUGUUGACCUGAUAGUAGAAGGUGAACCCAACUCUAUUGUCUACUUGAAUGUCAAAGAUCUGAAGGUGGAUCUACUCAAGUCAGGGAAUGACAUCACUCAGGAUAGGGUACAAGAGGAUAUGGCAGGUUAUGACGGUGGAAACUUUUUUGGAUACUGGCGCUACAUGUUCAUGUGUGGGUGGCCAUCACGCUCCAGUGGCACAGAUGCUGCCAGUGUUUUUCAGGAAGCCAAUGUUAUUAUGAUUACUGAUGGACUUGUUUAUGAGAAACCAUUUGAUGACAGAUACUACUCAAUGAUGGAUAAGGCUGGUGGAGCUCCUAAUGCAGAUGCACCUGAGUCAAAUGAUAACUUCCAGCCAGCUGCCGUCGUAAGAAAAUUUUUUCCAGAGACUUGGUUGUGGGAUUCUGCUCCAGUACAGCCAAAUGGGCAAGUAAAAAUGUCCUUAAAAUCACCAGACACAAUCACAUCCUGGGUGGCAACAGUGUUCAGCACUCAUGAACAAUAUGGCCUCUCUGUGGCCAACUCUUCUGCAAAGCUGACAACUUUCCGCAAUAUGUUUAUCAGUGUUGACUUGCCUGUGUCUAUAGUUAGGAAUGAGGACAUCUGUAUCACAGUGACUGUGUUUUGUUACGCCCCUGGAGAAACUCCGGUUCUGCUGACAUUAGAAAAGAGCAACAGCUUCAGCAACAUCCAUGUGACACGGGAUGGUGACCAAAUCAUUCUGUCAAAACAGAGCAUCAACUACUCCUACUUUAUGGGAUAUCUGUCACAGAAUGAUGCAGCAUCCAUGAAAUAUUGUUUAACACCACUGGUCAUUGGGGAAGUCCCUCUCAAAUUUAGUGCUCUAACUAACAUUGAUGGUCUAAGUGAUGCAGUGGAGCUUAAUCUCACUGUAAAGCCUGAAGGUGUCCCUAGGUCAACAAGCUAUUCUCACCUUGUUGACCUCUCAAAAGGUUCAUGGGACAUGAAUUUUCCUAUUGCAUAUCCUACAUCUUCUGUCACGGAUUCACAGAGAAUUACAGUAAACCUUGCCGGCAAUUUCUUAGGAUCACUUGCAUCUGAUGUAGGCAAUCUCCUAAAAAUGCCUUAUGGCUGUGGUGAACAGAACAUGUUAAACUUUGCACCAAAUAUUUACCUGUUGCAGUUUUACUACAAAAUAAACAGAAUUACUGAUGAAUUUUUAAAACGGGCAACAGAUUUCAUGCUUGCUGGCUAUCAGAAAGAAAUUAUGUAUGAGCAUGGAAGUACUGGAGGCUUCAGUACCUUUGGGAGCAGUGGUGGAAACCCGCCUAGCACUUGGCUAACAGCAUUUGUAUUGAGGAGCUUCUCUCAAGCUUAUAGCCUAAAUCUGGAAUAUGGCAAUAUCAUUAGCAUUGACAAAGACAUAGUCAACAGAUCUGCUCAAUGGAUGCUGACACAACAAAAUAAAAAUGGAAGUUUUACAGAAUAUGGAAAAGUCUUCCACAAAGAAAUGCAGGGAGGUUCUGCUGAGGGGGAAUCUCUGACUGCUUAUUGUGUUAUUGCCUUGUUUGAAGCCAGUAAGGUUUUGGAUGUAGUAGACAAAACAAAGAUAGAAUCAGGCAUUGGAAAUGCUGUGACAUUUUUAACCAAUCAACUGGACACUGUCACAGAUCCUUACACCAUCUGUCUCUUGGCCUACACAUUCCAUCUUGUGGACAGUCCCAGCAAGCAAAAAAGUUUUGAUAAAAUGCAGGCUAUUGCCAUCUCAGGAGAUGGUCUAAAAUAUUGGAAGAGGGCAGAAGUUAAGCAACCAGACAAUGUAUAUUUCUGGUCUGCGUCUGCUGACUCUAUUAGCAUUGAAGCAACGGCUUAUGCCCUUCUGACUUAUGCAAUUCGUGGCAUUGGUGCAACUGAAGGAAUCCCCAUUGUGAGGUGGAUGACAAGUAAAAAAGGUCCCAAUGGGGGAUUUGUUUCAACACAGGACACAGUUACUGGCCUUCAAGCUUUGUCAAGUAUCGGCAGUGUGUUGUACACAGGGGAGGAUAUUCCCAUGACAAUAACAAUAAGUUACACUAAUGGGGCAGGUCAGCUACAGAGUGAGGUACUUGAAGUGAACAAAAACAAUGAAAUGUUGCUGCAAAGUGUUAACAUAAACUAUAUGAAUGACGCGCCAAAAUCAAUUUCAAUAAAUGCCAGGACAAACAACAACCAGAGGGGAUCAAGCAUGGUGAUGGCUGAGGUUGUUCUAACUUACAAUGUUAAAGAGGACACAGUGGCACAGAACUAUGGCAUGUCCCAUGAAAUUGUUACCAAGGGAAAUAACUUUCAAAUUAUUGCUAAAAUAUGGACCAUUUCUGAGUCUGCUGGUAUGAGUAUCUUAGAAGUUGAAAUCCCAGCCGGCUACAUAACAGAUUUAGAUGUUUUAAUUGGCAACCCUGUCAUCAGUCUAGCUGAAGUAAAAGAGGACAAACUAGUUUGUUACUUUGAUACUGAUGUGAUAACUACUAAAGGAGUGACAGUAGCAGUUAAUAUGAUUGCCUCUAAUGCCAUUUUAACAAAAGCGCUUCCAAAAUCUUUAAGAAUCUAUGACUUUUACAAUCCAGGCAAAGAACUAACUCAGAAGUACACACUUAAGUCAGAGGAUUUUUGCACUAAGGCACCAGAUGUUGGCAUCUGCCAGUUCCAGUAAACUGGUGUUUCAACAAGAUAUUUCUUGUGAUGCAUUAAUAUGUUGUUAUUCAAUUUUCUGAGUUAUUUUUUUAUUAAUUUAAAUUUUUAUGAUUUUUUAUACAACUUUUAGAAGUGAUAUAAUGAUUGAUCUGAAAUUAUUAUACUGAUAGCCCAUAAUUUUUAUAAUCCAUGCUUUUUAAGAUCUUGGAGAUUUGUCAACAUUCAAAUUGGUGUGAAAAUAUUUGUAAAAGUGAAACAUUUCACUCCUCAUCUAUUUAUAUACCAAAUGACACUAACUCAGACUUGAAAAAAUGGAAUAUAAUGGUUACUAUUUUGUUUUUAAUACUGUGUUCAUUAACUAGAUUAUCAAAGUUAUUAAGCACAUCAUUUUGUCAUUAUGUUUAACACUCUAUAGAGACCAUUUUACAAUUUGUGGCCUCUAAUAAUGAAAAUAAAUAUCUUCAAAACAUAUUUGCAUUUACCUGAUGGUAAAUUUUUUAUUAUAUUUAAGAUUAUUUAAGAUUAACUUUUUGGUUUAAAUAAAACAACUUAAAAUACACAAAAAAAUACAAUGUAUACAUAAAAUGCAUAUUUUAUUUAAUCAGGAAGUGGUCAAAUUUUUACUGCAAACAAAAAUGUAUGUUCUACUAUUUGCAUAAAUUUGUGUAUAUGUAAAAAUGUCAUAAUAAAGCACUCUAUUACUUUUUUUUUUUACUAUU